AUGGAUGUGAAGUGGUUUGAAAACCAUGUGGUCCUCCUUACGGGGGCAACCGGCAACCUGGGCAGCUGUCUAUUAUACAAACUAGCCCUACAGCUUCCUACGUCCAAGAUAUUCGUGCUGAUCAGAGGGUCUGUUCAAAAGGCGAUCGAGUCAUGGGAGCAAUCAAUUCCAGAGCAAGUGGAUAAUAUCAUUGCCACUAGAAAGUUGCAGUUCAUUCUAGGUGACAUGACCCAACCCAACCUUGGUCUAUCCUCAUCGAAUCUACUGCGCCUACAGAAUGAGGUCACGCUGGUAAUAAAUUCUGCAGGAGAUAUCUCUCUAUCCCGGGAUCUCGCAGAAACACUGCCAGUCAACUGUAGCGCUCAUCUCACACUUAUUGGUCUGGCAGACAGUUUCACUCACUUGAAACACUUUCUGCAUGUAUCAACUACCUUUGUAUCGAGCUUUCUGCCGGAUGGUGCUGUGAAAGAAAAGAUUUACUCCUUGAUUGACGACCCAAAAGAAGAAUUGGCCACUAUUCUUGCCACAGGACAGUCAUCUUAUACCAAACAAUUCGCCGCACCCUACGCACUGGCCAAAUACCUAGCCGAGUGCUUACUGCUCGAGGGCACUCAUACCUUUUCUGUGCUUGUUCUCCGGCCAUGUCUCAUCUCGCCGGCGAUUGAAGAACCAUUUCCAUUCUACGGCAGUGAUGGCGCAAUACCCGUACAUUCAUUUUUCCAACUUUUGUUAGAGGACUCGGAGUACGGGCCAUUCAAGCUUGAGAAGAUGCUACCCAGACACGUGGCAUGCAAUGAGAUUCCAGUUGAUCUCGUAGCGCGCACCUGCCUUGCUCAUAUUGCAAAAGACACGAAGGGUGUGGUCCAUGCCAGUGCGGAUUUGUACCUUACCCGGACUGUUGGGGAGCUUUUUGACCACAUGCGUUACUAUGCCCCCGAGGGGGUUGUCGAAACCAUCAGAAAAGCAGGCAUAGAUCAUGGAGAGGUUACCGCUUCCGAGGUCUUCAGAAUGAUUAACCAGUUUGCCCGUGAUUGGAGAAUCGAAUGCACGAGAUCUGAAGAGUUGAAGCAAGUGGCGGGGCCUUUGGGGCUUUCACUCCCUGAUCAUGACCCAGAUGCAUUCUUCAAACGUCGGAUUGAGAGACUUGCGAAAUCUCUCCUGGACAAGCUGGGUAGUUUCGAUUUUUCCAACAAAGUCUACCAAAGUCAAGCAAUCUGA